GCUACUUGUGUGCCGAUGCAGAGUGAAGGGAAGAUAAACCAAAAUAUGUCCUAAGUCUCAAGCUUUACGAUGCAACGCAGCCUGCAGAGGAAACAACUUGCACCCAACAACAUGCGCUGAAAGGAAACAGAACUAGCAGCAGCAGCUCAGUCAAAUCUCUGAAAUGUGCGGCACUUCCAUAAAGUCGCCGUCACAUUAACCCAGUUAACAACACUUCCAUUGCAGACAGUCAGUGAACCUGACAGUCACAAAUAAGCAGAGCAGCACAGGCCCAUCUGAAUGUGAGGUGGAAACAGCAGACAGGAAGAGAUGCGGAGAGUUCGAAGAAAAGGGGGCAACAAAGAGAAGGUGUUUGGAUGUGAUCUGCUGGAGCAUCUGACUGCCUCCUCUCAGGGGAUUCCACUGGUGUUACGGUGCUGUAGUGAGUUUGUGGAGCAACAUGGAGUCGUGGAUGGUAUCUACAGGUUAUCAGGGGUAUCGUCCAACAUCCAGAAAUUGAGGGGUGAGUUUGAGAGUGAGGGGAGUCCAGAUCUGAACAAGGAUUUAUACCUGCAGGACAUCCACUGCGUCAGUUCUUUGUGUAAAGCUUAUUUCAGAGAGCUGCCCAACCCUUUGCUCACAUACCAGCUAUAUGACAAGUUUGCUGAGGCUGUGGCCAUCCAGCUGGAGGAGGAGAGACUGGUAAAGAUCAAUGAUGUUCUAAAAGAGCUGCCAGCACCACAUUACAGGACUCUGGAGUUUCUGAUGCGUCAUCUGGUCAAAAUGGCCUCGUAUUCUUCAGAAACCAACAUGCAUGCCAGGAACCUGGCCAUCGUCUGGGCCCCCAAUCUCCUCAGGUCAAAAGACAUUGAGGCGUCUGGAUUCAAUGGUACAGCAGCCUUCAUGGAGGUCAGGGUCCAGUCCAUCGUGGUGGAGUUCAUCCUCACACACGUCCCUCAGCUGUUUCCUGAACAAGGUGUAUCAAGUGAGAGAAGGAAGUCCCUUCCCUCCCCGUCAGCGAUGUCCAGUCAGGAAGAUGUAUUUUUCAGGUGUGCUCAGCCGAACUUUGGGAACAUCAGUCCAGGAGACGGUCCUCUACCCAUAAGACCCUACCAUGCUAUCAUUGAGGGCACAGACAAGAGAAAAGGAUCUCUAAAAGGGAGAAAGUGGAUGUCCAUUUUUAAUAUCGGAGGAAGAAUCCAAGAUCAACGACGGAGGCACAAACACUCAACUAAAGAGAAAGAGAGGACUUCUUUGAGACCUGCAAGAAGCAUGGACUCCCUCAGCACCCCACCCUUUCCAAAUGAAGGUACCCGACGUUCUGGCCAGCAUCCUCCAUCCAUCAACAUGUCUCCCCUCGUCACCCCCCCAGUCCAGGCAGGCUCUGAUACUGCAGCACCUUCAGGUGGACUAGGUAGCAGUGAAUAUGCUGUGACCUAUCGUAGGGGAACAGGUUUAGUAAGUGGGAGUACAGGGACCCCGGGUACCUACACAGCUCUUGACCCAGAGGGUUUAGGGUUACCAGUCAAUGAGGGUGUCCAGACCAGAUCCCCGGGGCUGUCCAGUAAAGCGAGUCGAAGAGCAGCCAUGCACAUCACCGGCCCCACCCUGGUUACUGUGCCGUUACAUAUCACCUCUAACCUUGCUUUAGGGGUGCUGCAAGGGGGCGGGAGUGACAGGAUCAUCCUCCGUGGAAGAGAUAAGGAUGGAGGGGAAAAGGUGGAAGGUAAGGAAAGAGGAGAGAAGAUUGAGAGGAAGGAAUGCAGCGCAAUGGAAUGGAAUGUGGAAGAAAGCAGAAAGGUGGAGGAAGAAGAGAAACAUCAGGGGGAAAAAGAAGUCGUAAACGUGGGAGGGAAUAAAGAGGUAGCAGGUGGUCUUAGUGGGGAAAAAGGUGAAGGAGCAGAAGAGAAGCGAUUGGAAGAGGUGAAUGAUGACAGGGUGAAGCAGGAGCCUGUGUUGGGAGUCCAAGAUGUGUCCAGAGAGCAACAAGCCACAAGCAUCAACUCCGCAGCAGAAGAAGAUAGGGAUGAAGAUGCUGCAGAGGAUGAUGAAGAGUCUGACAGCGGUGAAUAUAUGGAUAUGAAAGGAGACAAGCAUCGUUCAGCCACUCAACAUGGAAAUGAUGGCGUAUUUGAUGCUUCUCACAUCCUCAACUCAACUGAGGUGGAGGAAGAUGAUCACGAGCUGUCCGGCUACGUUCAAGACAACUUUGAUUUCUUGGACCAAAUGGAUGUCAUGGAGCACAUAGACAUCAGUGUCCCCUGUCAGGUGAACGAGUUCUCUGUUGAGCCUCCUGGUCACUCUGAUGAUGAGUAUGAAAUCAUGAAGCAAGUUCAGCCUUCUCAUCAACCCUCUCAGCUGAGUCCUGAUAUGUACACCCAGAGUCAGACAGAGCUGAAUCCACACAGACCGCUCAGCCUCGACCUCCCAAGUCGACACACUAAAUCCCUCAGCCUGCCCUAUAUGACCUCACCUGUCGACGGACCGGAGGAGUCUUUCUCUGAGGGGGAGAGUUCAGGGGAUGACAUUGAUGAUAAUAUUUAUGACAGCGAGGAGGAUGAGAGCAUGUUUAUUCAAAGUCUUCCAACAGAUUUCUUUCUAAACAAUUUGUCUGAAUUAAAACCAGACACUGAUACCCAAGACUGUUCCCGUGACAGAAGUCCUGUACAUGAGUUACAGAGCUCUGAGGCAAAGGAGUGCCCAUCUCUUAACCUCGAACUUUCUGCCUGUAAAAUUACGAUGAGUGGAGAUCAGGGGCAGAUAGAAGUGGACGGUGGAGCGGAUGAAGAUGAAUCAGAAGAAAAGCAGACAAUAAAAAAGAAAGAAGACGAUGAAGCUCAUCAUGGAAGAAAUCAGCUGGAAAACGAUGUGCAAAGCAGAGCAACACAGGAACACCUGAGCAUCAUGAAAGAUGCUCAAAGUGAAAAGUCUCUGACUUCAGAUGCAUCAAAAACCUGCUGUGAGGAGUUUCCACUGCAGAGAAAUGAGAACAAUAAUGAAUUAAACACUGUGACUGGAAAUAAUUUUGAAGAUGUGAAUGAAAUGGAUGAAAUUCCUCUUGGUGAUUCUCCACCUCAAGUAGCUUCUUAUGACACACUGAAAGAAAGUGCUGAUGCUCCAUCAGAAGAAUCCAACGACGCCUCUGUGAUUCCAGCACAACAUCCGAGAGGCUGUGUUAGAGAGGAUACAGCAGAGAGAGAGGACAGAAGCCAACAAUCUGUUGUGGAAAUAGAAGAAAGUGAUGAAAACAUGAGGGAGGAACUCACAAAGACAGAAUGUGAAAGAAUAGCUGACAAAAAACAUGAAGGGUGGACAGAACAGGCUAGUUUAUUCUGUUCUAAUAGUGACAUUUGGGAUGAGCUGGAGGAUAUUGUAUGUGAAGUGAUAGAGGAUGAAGAAAGUAAGAAGUGUGAGGAGGAGGAUGUUGCUGCACAGGUACAUUUGGUAGAAGAUGAGGAGGAAAAAGAUGAUGAAGGCGAGCCAAACAAGACAGAUAUUAGAGUAGAGGAGGAGGAAUUAGUGGAUAAAACUAUAGGGAAACUUGGAGAUCCAGUAAUGCAGCAAGAAAAAUUAGAUCAGAAGAAACAUGCCUUCAGUGAAGAAGUACAGCAUCACAGCAGAGGAGAAGUGGUUUCAAGAGAAAAAGAAGAAAAUAAACAGAAAGCAGAUCUACAAAGUAGAGCACAGCCAAGUGUAGAUAAACUAAAGGAACUGAAAGGGAACCAGAUGCGUGAUAACAGUGAUGGCAGCUUAGGAGGGUUCGGGAGGAAACUGGUCACAUCUAAACAUCCAAAAGUUUAUCAAAUCAAAGCGGUGCCAGUUGUGCCUCCAAAGCCUCAGCACUGCAAAAUCACUGCUCUAACCCUCCGUCAGCAGCAGCAGCAAAGAGAGAGAAGAGACGCUGACAGAGGGAGGGAAACCAUACCGAGGGCCCUGACAGAGCAGGACAGGGUUUCUUCUGCGGAGCAGCUGAGAGACAGAGACGACGAAACCGCCGACAGGAAGGAGAGGCUGGUGCUCCUCAGGGAGAGGGAGAGAAGGAGGGAUGGUGCAGAAGGUGCCGCUAGGGACACAAGCAGAAACAGUCCCCUCAGCAUGUGUUUUGAUGAGGCCGUUGCCAUAGCAACCAUGAGGAGAGAAAAAGACGAGUGCGAGAAGCAGACGCUGAGGCAGAGGGAUCGGGGAAGUGAAACCCGUAGUUUGUUGAUUUGAGCUGAUGUAUAUUUUAGCUAAAUGUACGAACUUUUCUUUUGAAAUACGAGCACCUUGUACAAGAUUGAUGAACAGAAACAACUUGACUCAUUUUUUUCAAAGAUUGCCUUAGUUUUCAUUUCUUAGACAGAGCACUGGAAGAGAAUAAAUACAUCUUAAUACACCACAGUGCACAAACUCAGUCUGGUGAUAUUGCUUUUUGUUAAUAUUUUACAUUUUUUUAAUGUGAAAAUGUAUUGUAUAAUGAAUCAGUUUGUCUUUUCAAAUCAGAAUAUUUCACAUAAUGUGAA